GUACAACAGUUUCUUCAAAACGACAAACCCUGCAUCGCAUCGCUUCCUUUUCAGGAUAAAGACACACUAUAACCAUACAUAUCUUGCUUAAACCUCAAAACAAAAAUCAAAGCUUUCGUUUCUUGGUUUGAUUAGUAACUUAACAUUGCUUCAAGAUGAUCAGAAGCACCGCAAGCUCUAGCUCCGCCCGAGGCAUUGCUACCAUAGUCGGCGUGGGUCCCAAGCUAGGUCGUUCCAUCGCCCGCAACUUCGCUCACCAUGGCUACACUGUUGCCAUUCUCGCUCGCGACCUAGGUAGAUUGUCGAGAGUGGCGGAAGAAAUAGCGAGGGAAGAGAAAGCACAGGUGUUUGCGAUACGCGUGGACUGCGCCGAUUCCAAAAGCGUGAGGGAUGCAUUCGAAGGAGUUCAUUCCCUCGGAUUCAUUGAGGUUCUUGUCUAUAAUGCUAAUUACCAACCCCUCUCUCCCAAUCCCACCUCCUUCCAAAACAUCCAUCUCGACACUUUUCAAAAUUCCGUCGCUGUUUCCGCCGUCGGUGCCUUCCACUGCGCUCAACAGGUGUUGACGGGGAUGGUGGAAAGAGGGAAGGGCACGAUCCUUUUCACCGGCUGUUCUGCUUCACUGAAUGGCAUACCUGGAUACUCCCAACUAUGCUGCGGGAAGUUCGCGUUGAGAGCGCUGGCACAAUGCUUGGCAAGGGAAUUUCAACCUCACGGAGUGCACAUAGCACAUGUAAUCAUUGACGGUGUUGUUGCCCCACCCAGUUAUUGUCGGAGAAAAUCAGGUUCGGUUGGGGAUGAAAUAAGCAUAAGCAGUGGAGAGGAUGAGGGCACAGUGGACCCAGACGCCGUGGCUCAAACAUAUUGGCACUUGCACAUUCAGGACCGAACCGCUUGGACCCAAGAAAUUGAUCUGCGUUCCAACACUGCUACAUUCUUCUAGCUUCUUCCUCUUGCAAUAAAUUAUUAAGUAGUUUGCGAUCAAUUUCUGUGAGAUGUGUAGUUUAUUAGUUUGUUCAGUUUACCUCUCUUACCUUUCCCAUUUUCAGUGUUUCAUUUUCCUCCUAGUUGAUAUUUGUAGCUUUGAGAAAAGCUUUUGCUUUUGGCACUGUACUAAACUUUGAUUAUAGUGAUCAUCAGGUAAUCAUCUUUACUGUUA